CUUGGUGUAGCAGAGAAAUCCAUCUCAAAGAGAAGUGAAUGAGUGCCAGGGAAAACGCACUUUUUAAAUAAUUACGCUUUUGUUGGCAGUAUAGUAGGCGAUAGAAAUAGGUCAGUCUUUAUGGUAAGAAGGCGAGAAUGAGCAAACGAUUGUCACAGAGGAGCUUAAAUGAGAGAAAGAGAAUGAUGACAGGCGACAGACAGGUGACUGUUUCGAAUAAACAUGACAAAGUUACACCUAUUCGCUAUUGUCUCUUCCUCUGUCAUUGGUUCUGUUGGCUCGUUUAAAGGACAGCAGCAAAGGAUCAAGCAAUCAUCAAACAACAACUAGAACGGCAACAGCAUCUUCGAGUCUCUGACCAAACUAUCUUCAUUCAACCAACAAGGAACUCCAUCAAGUAAAGAACAAUUCCAAGUAUGCCACCAAUUCCACAGACAUUACCUCACACCAUCCAGAUGCAAAUUGAUGCUCUGAGGAAAGAGUACCACAUACUUGACGGCCACAUUAAUAAACUCAGGAAUCUAACUGGAGGCACCAUCACUGUUCAGCAAGAGCUUGUUCGCACUGCACGAGAGGAGUCUAAAUCUAUCGAAGCAAAAAUUGAGGAGUUGAGGUUAUCGUCAGACGAGCAGGAUAGGGAAGCAGAUCGAAUACUUAUUUUGACUAUGCUGAAGAGUAUGGAAGCACAAUUCAAACAACAACAACAAGCACUACGACAAGCGAUCCUGCAUUCUAAACAAACAAUCGAUAAUGAAGCAAAGAAUGAAAGACAGCUGUUACUCAGCGGUUCCAAGUCUGCAAUAGAGAUCAGAAGAAGGGGCGCUUCCAACAACAUGAACGAAUAUCUAUUGAAUACAAGUAAGGAGCAGAACGAGAGUUUGAACAGGACUCUAAAACUUAUGCAGCAGGAAGUCGAGCGCACUGCACAUUCAGCUAAAAUUAUUGAUGACUCCUCAAAGACCCUCAGGACUACAGUAAAUGAGUAUCAAACAUAUGAUGAAGUACUUAAGCGUGGCAAGAAUCUCAUUACCAAACUUAACCAAGCUGAUUGGACAGAUCGACUAUUGAUCGGAUUUGGGCUGCUGUUGUUUUCACUGGUUGUUAUGUACAUCCUUAAAAAGCGCAUUGCAGACCGCGGAGUAUCCCUAAUCAGUUAUUUCCUCAUGCCUAUCCGGUGGAUGUAUUCCAUCCUAGUUCCAUCCCUGAAAAUCCCUCCAAUGGCCUCUACAACGCCGUUAACAGAACCAAAAUCCUUAGUAACUACAUUGGAUUCCAUUGAAAAAAGCCUUCGCCCAGCAGUCACAGCAUUAACAGAGCAUCUAGAAAAAGCAACUGCAACAUUAAGUGCCCAUUCAACCAGUACAACAAUCCUAAAGCAAUCUGCCCCCACUAGCUCGCCUCAGGGCCUUUUAGGAGUUUUGGAUGCAAUUUUUGGGGAGCCAGAUAUCUACCUGUAACUGAGAAUUAAAAAAUAAAGGAUAUUAUAAUAAAAUAAUGAUGAUA